AUGCAAGGGGCCGGGGUCCCCUCCGCCCCUCCACCUCCGGACCCCUCGGAGGGGACCCCCGCCCCCCUCCGAGCCGCCGGCCGAGGCCGGAGCCGGGGCGCCCCGGAGACGUCGGAGUCCCGCUCCGGCCCGCCUCGCGCCUCCCCGGCCGGCGGGUCGGAGGUCGGGGCGCCGCAGGGCGGGGAGGUGGCCGGGGGCGACGGGGACGCGGGCGGCGGGCGCUUCGACUUCGACGAUGGCGGGGCCUACUGCGGGGGCUGGGAGGCCGGCAAGGCCCACGGCCACGGCUUGUGCACCGGCCCCAAGGGCCAGGGCGAGUACUCGGGCUCCUGGAACUUCGGCUUCGAGGUGGUGGGCAUCUACACGUGGCCCAGCGGCAACACCUACGAGGGCUACUGGUGCCAGGGCAAGCGGCACGGGCUUGGCAUAGAGACCAAGGGCCGCUGGCUGUACAAGGGGGAGUGGACGCACGGCUUCAAGGGGCGCUACGGGAUCCGGCAGAGCUCCAGCAGCGGCGCCAAGUACGAAGGCACUUGGAACAACGGGCUCCAGGAUGGCUACGGCACCGAGACCUACGCCGACGGAGGCACGUACCAGGGCCAGUUCACCAACGGCAUGCGCCACGGCUACGGCAUCCGGCAGAGCGUCCCCUACGGCAUGGCCGUCGUGGUCCGCUCCCCGCUUCGCACCUCCCUCUCCUCCCUGCGCAGCGAGCACAGCAACGGGACCCUGCCUCAACAGGACCACCCCCCGUCGCGCCCCGCCGCCGACGGCGGCCCCCCGGCCCCGGCCCCGACCGUCCCCCGGGGCGGCUUCGCCCUGAGCCUGCUGGCCAACGCGGAGGCCGCGGGCCAGUUCCAGAAAGGCGGCGUGGGAGGCCUCUUCCGGCGCGGCUCUCUGCUGGGUAAACUGAGGCGCUCCGAGUCCCGCAGCUCCCUGGGAAGCCAGAGGAGCCGCGUCAGCUUCCUCAGGAGCGACCUGAGCUCGGCGGCCAGCGACGCGGCCUCCACGGCCAGCCUCGGCGAGGGGGCCGAGGGCGAGGAGCCGGCCCCGUUCGAGUCGGACAUCGACGCCACCACCACCGAGACCUACAUGGGCGAGUGGAAGAACGACAAGCGGUCCGGCUUCGGGAUCAGCGAGCGGUCCAGCGGGCUGAGGUACGAGGGCGAGUGGCUGGACAACCUGCGGCACGGCUACGGCUGCACCACGCUGCCCGACGGCCGCAGGGAGGAGGGCAAGUACCGCCAGAACGUGCUGGUCAAGGGCAUGAAGAAGAGGGUCAUCCCCCUCAAGAGCGCCAAGAUCCGCCAGAAGGUGGACCGCGGCAUCGAGGGGGCCCAGCGGGCCGCCGCCAUCGCCCGCCAGAAGUCGGAGAUCGCCGCCUCCAGGACCGCCCAUGCCAAAGCCAAGGCCGACGGGGCCGAGCAGGCCGCCCAGGCUGCGGGCACCGAAUCCAACAUCGCCCGGACCAUGGCCAGGGAGCUGUCGCCGGACUUCUACCAGCCAGGCCCCGAGUACCAGAAGCGGCGACUGCUCCAGGAGAUGAUGGAGAACGCGGAAAGCGAGCAGGACCACGCCGUGGGGGCAGCCCAGGGUCCCGCCCUCCCGGAGCCGCCGCCUCCGGAGAGCCCUCAGCUGCACGAGCGGGAACACCCGCCGCCCAGAGGGGCGCCGCCGGCCCGCGCCCCCGUGGGGACGCCCCCCGAGUCUAAGCGCCCCAAGCCCGGGGCCACCCGCGGCCAAGGCCCGCUGAGCCCCGGGGACUGGAACGGCGAGCGGAGCCGGGAGGGCAGCCGGCCGGCCACCCCCACCCCAGGCCCGGCCUCCGGCCUGGCCCCCGGCCGCGUGCCCACCGAGCAGAUGGAGAUCCAGCCCCUGCGGGCCUCUCCUGCGCCCGUCCGAGAGCCCGAGGUGGCCCGCUACCAGGGCUACCACAGCUACGCCGUGCGCAACACUCCCGUCCCCCCGCCGCCCCCGGAAGACGAGGCCGAAGACCUCCCCACGGGCCCCUCCUCGCCCUACUCUCCGAUCUCCCCGUCCUUCCCUUUCUUCCCACCCUCCCCGUCCUCUCCGCCCUCCUCCUCCUCCUCUCCAUCCUCCCCCCUGCCCACGGCACCGGCCAGGCCCCCGCCCGGCAAGCCCAGCGAGGAGCCGCCGUCUGGGAGGGCCGCCGCCAAGGCCAAGGCCGAGCCCAGAACCCCGGCCAAGGCCGAGCCCAAGCAGCAGCCUCCCUCCGGUGAGGCCAAGGCCGCACGAAAGACUGAGGCCCGGGGGUCGACCAAGGCGGUGGCCAAAAGGAAGGUCCGGCGAGGGGCGGCGGCGGCUGCCACGGCGGAGGCGGAAUUAGAGGAGGGACCCAACACUGUCAUGAUCUGCAUGGUGAUCCUGUUGAACAUCGGCCUGGCCAUCCUUUUUGUGCAUUUCCUGACCUGACGUGUCUCUCAGGAGUUCCCACGGACGGACGGAUGCAGAUGGCAGACCUCUUGGCAAUGACUGGAUGCAGCUGUGUGGGGGCGAGGCUUCGGACAGGGGCCUAAAGACGGGCCCCCCCCCCCCGCCCCUCCUACCCCCGCCGCCCCCAGACCCAAACCCAAGUGCCUGGAGAUGUUUAGCUUCCCUGUGCCAGGCUAGCAGGGAGCCAGUCCUCCGUUCCCCUCCUCUGCCCAAACCCUCCUUGCUUCGAGUGUCGGUUUCCUCUCAGGGCUUGCCAGCGGGCAGGGAAUGGGAGAGGUCGAGGCAGCCAAAAGCCCCCUCCCAGCCCCCUGUCCUCCCCCUUUAUCGGGCAGCACCCAUCCUGCGGCUCUCGGGGGACGGACCCCAGAGGGCCCGGAAAAAUGACCGAGAGCCAAAGAUCCCUCAUCGCCGGGGCCUCUGUUCGCUGCCAGACCGGCCAAAGCCGGGCUGACAGGCUGAGGCCCUGGCCCCCCUCCCUAGAAUCCAGGUUUGGCUUCCGCUCUCCAACCCGACUGUGUCAAAGACUUCUUCUCCAAGGCUUGUGGGGACUGGCGAAAGGUCGAACUCCAAUGGCUUCCCCUCCUCCCUGGGAGUUGGUGUCUUCCUGCCCCGGAGGGGGAAAAUGACUGGCACCCGGUGAGAGCAGAGCAAGUCUCGGUUGUGCCCGCAACCCAGGCCCACCCGCAUGUUCGUGCCUUUUGGGAGUGAAAGAGCCACAUCUCCUCAUGGCUGGGAUCAGACCGAAGGUACAAAAGCUCCUAGGCCCGUUGUUUGGAAACUUUGCCAACCAUCCAGGAGUCGCCAGGCCGUGGCCCCCUCCCAUCCACCAUUCGUUCAUUCUGCUUCUCUCUCUCCCUCAGUUUCUCUCUCUGCCCCCCUUUGCCUCUCUCCUUCCCUCCUCCUCUUCCU